AUGCCGUCGCUGGAUCUCCAAUCCGAUCAGCAACAGCAACGAUUCCGCAGAGGAAUUUGCGACUUCUCCGAUCAAUCCGCAGAAGGAUAUUGCUACGCAGAUUUUGAUAUUGCUACUGCAGAGAAUGUUGUAAUGUGUGGAAGUUUAGGUUUAGGCUCUGAUUCGUAUUCUAAAUCUCAGAUUGGAUUGAAGAUGGGUCGAAGGAGAUCCAGCAGGGACAAAAUGAUCUCCAUAAUCUCAGAAAAUUUAGGGGAGGUUCUUCUAGGUGUUCGUAAGGCUGAUUUAAGUGGAGCGGUUGUAAGUAGCAGGCCCAUUCUAAUUGGCCUAGUUCCUUCAGCAGAAACAAAGCCUCCAAGUGCGGAUUCAGUUCAUGUACUGCUUGAGCAAGCACUGCAUGCUGAUGAUCGAGCCCUUCUAAUAGAUUGUUUAUUCAGACAAGAUCAGAAGCUCAUUGAGUCCCGUGUUUCUACUUCAAGCCAAGCUCUUCAGUUAGCCAGUAGUUUAGACUUGCUUUAUGCUGGAACGAUUGAUUAUGGCACAGAUGAAGAUGUUUGUGCCUCAUCUGUUACUAAACAUGUUAGGGUACAAGAUUCAGCAGCCAAAACUGCAGAUUUUGAUGAUGAUGAAGGGGGUGGACUGACAUUAAAUGCACAGUCAAGAGCAAUGCUGGUGCAAAAGUUAGAUUGGAGUGGCAUAGCCUCCAGUAUUACGGGUUCACUUGGGGUGUCUGGACUUAAUGGUGCAGCUCCAUCCCAGGCAGCUAUUAGCUUAAUGUUGAAGAAUAUGUUUGAUCCAGCUAUGUAA